AUGGCUACUACUACACAGGAUGUCCCUGUCAGUGGACUUCCGCCCACCGUCCCUAAGGACUUUACCGCGCAGCAGCCGGAGACUGUCCGCCUGUACCCCUUGUCGAACUAUACCUUCGGCACCAAGGAAACACAACCCGAAGAGGAUCCUUCGGUUCUAGCACGGCUGAAGCGCCUCGAGGAACAUUAUGGCCUCCAUGGGAUGCGACGGACUUGUGAGGGAAUCCUGGUGUGCCACGAGCACAAUCACCCCCAUGUGCUGAUGCUGCAGAUUGCCAAUGCAUUCUUUAAACUGCAAGUUCUCUAUUGUUUAUACGCCUUUAUUCACAAUCCACUGCUAAUAGUCUUCAGGCCAGGCGACUAUCUUCACCACGAGGAUGACGAGAUUGAAGGUUUCAAGAAACGACUGAAUGAGCGUCUCGCACCUGUGGGAUCUCAGUUCUCCGGUGAAGGUGUGAACGAUGACUGGGAAAUCAGCGACACACUUGCGCAAUGGUGGCGACCCAACUUCGAGACUUUUAUGUAUCCGUUCCUUCCUGGACAUGUCACUCGCCCCAAGGAAUGCAAGAAGUUGUACUUUAUUCGCCUCCCCAAGAAGAAGGUUCUCUCCGUUCCGAAAAACAUGAAACUUCUCGCUGUGCCGCUGUUCGAGUUGUAUGACAACACUGCUCGCUAUGGCCCUCAACUCUCUGCCAUUCCACAUCUCCUAUCACGAUAUAACUUCGAGAUGGUCGAUGAGAACGACAACAUUGUUGCUGUGACUCCUGGCACCCCGUUGCCUCCCGGUUACACCAUCCCUCCCCGAGUCCUUGUUAACGGUGACGGUGCAGACGGGGACGAUGGACAGGACACCGGUAUGACUGGUGUUGAAGAGGGAAUGAAGAUUGAAUCCCACCAGUAG